GCUUUCAGAGGGGAAUUAUCCUCUUCUUAAAGUCCUUUCUGUAAAAGAACCAUUUGUGGGAGAGAAGCAUCUUAAGAAAAUAGAUUUUUUCCUAAAGGAAAACAAAAUGGCAUUCAAGAAAAGGGCCACACAAAGUUGCAUAAUAAUUGCUGUUGCCAUCUGGACGUUAACACAGAUGUCAGCGACCAAGGAAAGAGCUAUGACCAAGAAAAAAAAUCCAGAAAACCGGACUUGGUCAGAGUUAAGCGCAGUUAUUACAAAUGCCAAAGAAGUUGUUUCUGGCAUUCAAAUAAAUGAAGAAUUAGACGGAAACGUACUUAAAAUCGAUGAAGGCGUAGAUAAUGUACAAACGGGUGAAGGUAACAAACUUGAUGGGGAAACAGAAAAUCAAGUAAAUGAAGAAGAUGAAGGCGUAGAAGAGGAAGUAGAUGAUAAAGACCCAGAUGAAGAAGUAGAUUCACGUACAGAAGUGGGUCUCGAGGAUCUUGGUCUAAAGCUGCGCAACUAUAGUCUCCCAGGGUGUCACUGCGCCAGGCUGGGCAUCGACAUGGGCGACCUCCGGCGGGCGCGGGCGGAGGCCGAGCGGCGCCCCGAGAGGUUCCCGCGCUGGUUCCUCCGCCGCUUCGCCUUCGCCGGCGAGUCCACCUGCUCGGACUUCGCCACGCAGCGCGGGGGGCGCCAGAGGGUCCUGUCCUUCUGCUACUUCAUAAACAAAGGCAAAACCGUGCCGGGGACAGCUUUGUACAGAAAAUACAUGAAACAAGCUUAUGGAACGGCCGGCGACAUCAAGCAAAUCUACCCCGGCUGGCUGAUGAGGAUCUACCACAGCGUCACCGCCGAGGACCUGCAUGGCACUGAGGAGUUAUGCCGCAUCUUCUGCGACCACCCGCACGUCGACCUAUGCUUUGUGCAUGACCUGCCCGGCAUUGGGAAUUUGUCUCGCUUCGGCGUCGUUGGCAGGCUGUGGCGCUACGCCCCCAUGGGGGACCCCGCCGUUGAGGCCUUCCACUGCCGCGACAUUGACAGCUACGUCUUGGAGAGAGACGCAGCGGCCGUGAGAGAGUGGCUGUCGUCGGGCAAGACUUACCAUGCCAUCCACGACCAUCCUUCAAAUAACGCCCCUCUCAUGGGAGGUCUUUGGGGCGGCUUAAACAGGGACCUGAGGCUUAUGAAGCACCUGAGAGAAACCUUGUACAACGCAACCAUGAUGGACUUCAAGCCCCUGGAUCAGGUGCUGCUGAGGAAAAUUGUAUUUCCCGCCAUCAAGGACGACCUCCUAAACCACGCGAGCUACCCUUGCCAAGUCGCCCGAAUCGGCCCGUCGGUGCCCAUGCCGACGCAGCGCCAAGGGAUCGAGUUCUGUGGCCUCAGCGCCUUCAACCCCUACCAGGGCAUUCUCUUUCGGGAGAGGGAUUGCCCUCUUGAAUGCCGGCCGAAGGAGCACCCGGACUGGAAAGCUGGUAUAAAGAAGUACCCUGCACCAAAUUUCAAGAUACUCAGUGCUAGGCAUUCACGCGUCACGCGAGUGGAUAUCACACUGGAUUAUCCUCCUGUGACAAGGUCGAUCAGUCAGCCAAACACGCACUUCCUUGAAGAACUUUACUAUGCAGUUUCAUUAUACCUUAAAUGAAAUAGCCGCUUAUCGGCUUUCGAAGAGAUUAUGAUGUCAUAUAUGGAUUUCAGAAGAAAAUGAAGAAGAAUUGGCAUCUGGGACAUCAGAUUUAGACAGAGUUUUAAAGUUUAAGGUGGAGUAUCCCGGAGGCAGCUGCAACUAACUAGACCAUGCAUAGGGUAUUGAUAUCACUCCAUAAUGAAACACAUAUCAUCCCAUAAUCUGACUUAUUACCCACGUGACUUAAUUUUGUCUGACAAUUAAUGCUAUUAUAGCCAAUGGCAAAGUCUGUGAUAUGAUUAGUCAUGUAAAAGUUUUGUUUUCUUUUGCUUUUUACCAAUGUAAUAAAUAAGGCAACCAUUGUCAUACAGCACCUACAGGCUGCAUGACAAUGCCUAUGGUACCAAGUUAGCUUUCUCUCUCUCUCUCUCUCUCUCUCUCUCUCUCUCUCUCUCUCUCUCUGUCUCUCUCUCUCUCUCUCUCUCUCUUCAUCUCUUUCUCUCACUCUCUCUCUCUCAUGGUUUUAUUUUUUUAUUUUUUUGUAUUUUUCAGUUCAUGUUACAAUUGAUACUUAGGAUCUGCCCAUGCUCUUAUAAAGUAUAACUCAAGACAGUUUCCGGUUUGUUUGAGAGAAACCUCACUCCUUUGACAGAUUAUAGGCCUUUUCUUGUAGAAUCCGAAACCUCUAACAAUUUGAUACAUUGUUGAAUGUUGGUUCGCAGUCGCUACAGAACAUGGUAUCAUCGAAGUUUGAAAUGACACACAAAGUUUUGAAAUAUAUAUUUUUUUAUAUCAUAUAAUAAAGUUAAUAGAAAACCA